AUGGCCACCAUGUCUUCGAACCUUCGCCGGAGACCGUCAACCUCUGCCGGUCGGCCGCUCACCGACAACCCCAACCCCAACCGCAACCCCAACUGGAGGGACUGGGAAGGCAUCUCCCAGAGCAUGGCGGCGCAGAUCGCCGGGCACGCCCUCGCCAACGACGUCGCCGACUACCUCCAGUUCCGUGCUGCGUGCGCCCCAUGGAGGGAACAUACUGAGGACCCUAAGAAGCACAGCGUCCUAGACCAGCGCUUCCACCCGCACCGCUGGAUCCUGCUGCCGGAAGAGAGAAGCGCCGUCGACGGCCCCAGGUGGCGCCGGAUGCUGAACCUGUCACACGGGACGAAGAUCACCCUGGACCUGCCUCACCUCCUCGGAGGACACGCCGUCGCCGCUGGACCCGGUGGCUCCCCCGGCGGCAUACUCGUCCUCAUGGACGAGCAUAGCCUCGUGGUCCGGCUGCUGAACCCGCUUACUGGCCAGGGCAUCGACCUCCCAUCCGUCGCUCCCGUGCUGAGCCGCCGUAGCGAGGGACGACUGGGCCUGGCCAAGGCGUUUUCAGGCCUUCGCAACGUGACAGGGGCGGGCUUCGCCGGCAACUCUACGGUGGUGCUCCAUUUCGGGUAUGACAACAAGCUCGUCUCCACCAAGCUCGGUGACGACCACUGGGAGAUAGUCAGCAAUGACUCGCUGAUGUGCUCGGCCUUCCCGUUCUACGGGAAGGUCUACGUCGCCAACGGGGACGGGCUCAUGGUCGUGGACGCCGAGGCGGCACCACCGAAGCUGGAGCUCGCCGCCCAAUGGCCGCCAAUGGAGAUCACGCUCGUGCACAUGGCUGACAGCUCUGGGGAGCUCAUGGUGCUAACAAACAAGGCUUGUUUCAAGAAAGGGAGCGACGACUACAUGGUAGAGUUUCAUAUAUUCAGGCUGGACGCGGAUGCCGGAACGCUGGUCGAGGUGAAGGACCUCGGGGACCGUGCUCUCUUCGUCGGCGAUUACUGCGGCGGCCUGCUCGUGUCCGCCAAAGAAGGUAUCAUCCCCAACUCCAUCUACUUCCAGCACGACCGGCUCAACAAGUUCUAUGUGCGGCGUGUGUCCGACGACCAAACUAGGCGGCUCACUGAAGCACACAGGGGCAGUUUCAUUGACGAUCUGACGUCUUAUGUCGCCUGGAAUGGCCGCAACAUGACCAAGUCUCAGCUGCUGUUGGCUGAUUUGGGUGAUAACAACAAGGCUUGUUAAUUUAGGCGUGGCGCCUGUGCCUACGCAUUGGAUCGGAGGUUUCAAGUUUGUGUGACCGACGGUUAUAUGAGACACAAAGUGAUAUCAUUAUAUUUCUAUGAGAAACUUUUUCAGUUAUAUCUCUCUUGUUGCAUUCUAUUUUCACCAAAAUAUUGUGUAUUAUCAUUGGUUAGACUUAGAUCUUGAAACCCUCCU